CUCCAACCAUGGGAACAGUGGUUUAGGGGGUCACCGCACAUGCACAGACCCAGACCCAGAGGGGCACCAUCAAAAGACAACAUCACGUCAAGAGAAAGGAAUCACCUUGAAGGGGGGCAACGGCAGUGUGAUCAAUCAACUUUAGGGGAAAUCAUCAUCUCUGGAAAAAGGAAUACCUCUUAUCUUCCAUAAUUCAUGAUUUAACUAUUAUCUGACAUUUUCCAUGGUAUUGCUUCACUGAUUUGGAUUAUAAAAUAUCUUUUUCGGACAAUUUCAGCAUCCAAGUGAAAGCUUUUGGAUUAUCCUCUGAGGUCUACUGUGUCCUUUACCAUCUGAGGGAUCUACCUGCUUAUCCCCUCCACCCGGAACAACUUAGAUGAGCUCAACCUGCUAAUAACUCACCAAACAACAAGUGCAAGGCCUGCAGUGACCCCUGUGUUUCUGCAACACUCUCUUGUGUCCUCUUUACAUGCAGCUGGCCUCCUCUGGAUUGACACUCAAUUUUUGACCAGAAUUGACUGAACUCUUCCUCUCUUUCUCCUCUUCUCGUCUCUUCUUUACAUUGAUCGGUGCAUGGUAGUGAGCCAUGGUGCUGCUGAAGAUAAAGUUCACCCAGCAGCGGCGGGUGCAUCUGGCCCAGGGCCUGUGGCUGCUCUCCUGGAUGGCAGUGUUGUGGGGGGGCGUCAUCUUUUGUCUGGGGGUUUACCUUAAGACAGAGUUGCUCCGUAGGGCCGAGGUGAUGGACAACACAGAGAUCCACGUGGUUCCCAACAUCCUGAUGAUGGUGGGCCUGGCCUCCAUCUGCACCAACUGGGUAGCUAGUCGUGUGUGUCAGGACUCCAUGGACCCGACUCGCUUCCCCCGUUGGAAAGUUCCCCUGCUGGCUUGGUUUGCUGUAUCUGCAGUGCUCUGUUGUCUUCUCAUUGCUGUAGUUGUGCUCAGCUACGCCCUGCAGGGAAGCCUGGAGGAGUCCCUGAAGGUCGGCCUGAGGAAUGGCAUUCGGUUCUACAAGGACACAGACGUGCCAGGCCGCUGUUUUCAGAAAGAAACCAUUGAUCGUCUGCAGAUGGAGUUUCUCUGUUGUGGAAACGACAACUUCAAGGAUUGGUUUGAAGUUCAGUGGGUCAGCAACAGAUACUUGGACUUCACCUCCAAGGACGUCAAGGAUCGAAUCCGGAGUAACGUGGACGGCCGUUACCUGUUGGAUGGUGUUCCUUUCAGCUGCUGUAACCCCACCUCCCCUCGCCCCUGCCUGCGGUACCACCUGACAGAUAACAACGCCCACUUCAGCUACGAUUACCAAUCAGAGGAACUCAACCUGUACAGCCGCGGCUGCAGGCAGGCACUGACCGACUACUACAUGGAGCUGAUGAACUCAACUGGUCCUGGUGUGGUGUCAGUCAUCUUCAUACAGCUGUCAGUGCUUCUGAGCCUGCGGUACCUGCAGACGGCUGUGGAAACAGCCAUGGUUCUGGAGGACCCAGAGGGCGACAGCGAGGGUUAUCUCCUGGAGAAGGGUGUGAAAGAAACCAUUGAGGACCUCAAAACCAAUGCCCUCACUAUCCUAAAGUUUGGGCAGGUUGACCCCAACGCCGCCGAGGGGUCUUCUGAGGCUGCAGACGUCGAGAAAGAAGCGAAGGAUGCGCCCCCUACUCCUGCCAGUUAGAGGGGAACAAAUGUUGAGCUGAGGGGGAAGGGAUAGUUUCUUGGUUGUGUGAAUUGGCAGGUGGCAGGUAAAACACCUUCACCACAACUCCCUCGCACAUGGCCAAAACAAGGCAACAAACAGGGAAUCUUAUCAGGCCAACCAAAACACCUCCUCUGUGAAGGACCUCAUGUGUAACCAUCAGAGAACCUGGCGAGGAGAUGUGUAGUACUUUUUGUUGUAACUAGAAGAGAGUGCAUUCAGUUUAAAGGGGUGUAGCAUUCACACACACACAAUGAGACAUAUUUAACACGUUUUGACAUUUGGCUCAAAACUGGAAAAGCCAUCACAUGAUGCUGAAAUUCAUCCCAUGAGCACUGUAUUAUUCGUCUCACGGCUGUAGAGUUAUUAAACUGCAAUGAAAUGCUUAAGAACCUGUUAAAAUGGCACAUGAAUUAUAUGCUAAAGGUAGAAGUUUUUGUCUGCUUUGUAGUGUUGGCUUCCAUUUGUACAAUAAGUAAUAUAAUAGAGGAGCAAAUUUCCCAGAGUAUGGGUUAUCUGAGUUCAGUCAGGAGAGUUGGAUUAAGUGUGUGUAUGUGUGUGCGUGAGUGUGGUGCCCUAUAUGAAGCUGUCAUCUUGUCUAUUCUGGCAGCUCAGAAACAAUCUGAUAAUCCUGAUGUGGUUAAUCCCAGAACUGCUGCACAAGCAGUAUCAGCACACACGCCGUCAUUCAGGGACAGACAAAGCACACUGAUACAAGAUGUUGGAAGUUAUUUUGUAAAGCAAAACAUUUUUUCGAAUGCUUUUUAUUUGCAAAGAAUAUAGCAUUGAGAUAUUUCCUACCUAUCCACUGUGUGCUCAUUCUUCUUAAAUAAA